GGACCAACAACCUGAGAGAUCACGUCCUUCAUCAUGUCUCAGACUCUUGGACUUCGUCUUUCUCUUGUUGCUGCUGCAGCAGUCAGUGUCCUGCCCCUCGCACGGGCAGCGACCUACUCGCUCUACAAUGCUGCUCCCAAGGGAUGGUCCCUCGUGGACAGCCUGGCUCAGGACAGCGUGCAGACCUUCUCCAUUGCCCUUACCAUGCAGAACAUUGACCAGCUCGAGUCGCAGCUGCUCGACGUGUCCACGCCGGGCAGUGCCUCGUACGGUCAGCACUGGGACGAGGACACGGUCAACUCGUACUUUGCUCCCUCGGACGAUGCCGUCUCUUCGGUCACCACCUGGCUCGAGAGCAAUGGCAUCACCGGCUACAGUGUCGACGGCGCCUUUGUCGACUUUGUAGCUACUGUCGACGCCGCUAACACGCUCCUGAACGCCUCCUACCAGCAGUUCACCAACGGCGCCACAACCAAGCUUCGGACCCUCUCCUACAGCCUUCCCGACAGCGUCGAGGACCACAUUGCGCUCAUCGACCCGGGCCUGUACAUUGGAGGCUCGAGAGCCUUCUUCCCCACCCCGUCACCGUCCCGGACCAUGCCCCAGGUGUCUGUGCCCAAGCGCCUGGCGACCCGCACCACCAUUGAUGCGGCGUGCCAGACCUCCAUUACCCCAGCCUGUCUGAAGGAGCUGUACAAUGUCGGAAAUUACACCCCCUCUGUCAAGUCCGGGAGCAAAGUCGGCUUCGGCAGUUUCCUGGGCGAGUCGGCCCUGUACGCUGACCUCUUCGACUUUGAGGAGUUCUUCGACAUCCCCACCCAGAACUUCUCCGUCGUUCUCAUCGCCAAUGCAACCAACGACCAGGACCCCGAGACUGCCGAGUACGGCGAGGCCAACCUGGAUGUUCAAAACAUUGUCGGGAUUGCCCACCCCUUGCCCGUGGUUGAGUUCAUCACUGGUGGCUCACCGCCAUUUGUUCCGAACAUCGACCAGCCCACCCUUGCUGAUAACGAGAACGAGCCGUACGUUCCAUACUACCGAUACCUGCUGUCCCAGCCCAGCGAGUCGCUGCCCCAGGUCAUUUCCAACUCGUACGGAGACGAGGAAGAUUCUGUUCCUUACGACUACGCAGUUCUCACCUGUAACCUGAUAGGCCAGCUCGGUCUGCGGGGCAUUACCGUGCUUGAGUCGUCGGGUGAUCUUGGCGUGGGUGCGGGCUGUCUUGCCCCUGACUACAAGACAGUCGAGUUCAACGCCAUCUUCCCCGCGACCUGCCCCUACUUGACCUCUGUGGGCGGCACCGUCAAUGUGACUCCCGAGGUUGCCUGGGACGGCAGCUCAGGCGGCUUCAGCAAGUACUUUGCCCGCCCCUCGUACCAGGACGCCGCCGUCUCCGAGUACCUCGACAACGAGGUUUCGGCGUCCACCAUCGCUUAUUAUGGCCCGUACACCAACUUCUCUGGUCGUGGUUUCCCUGACGUCUCCGCCCACUCCGUCACCCCGGAUUACGAGGUCAUCUACGACGGUACACCCUCCCCCAGCGGUGGCACUAGCGCGGCCGCCCCUGUCUGGGCCGCUAUCGUGGGUCUGCUGAACGAUGCCCGCCUCCGCGCCGGCAAGUCUACCCUGGGCUGGCUGAACCCCCUGAUCUAUGCCCACGGUCCAGAGGUUCUGACCGACAUUACCGGGGGCUACUCGGUUGGCUGCAACGGGCUGAACACUCAGUCCGGGUCCGCCGAGCCCAACGGGUCCGGCAUCGUCCUGGGCGCCCGGUGGAAUGCCACCGAGGGCUGGGAUCCUGUUACGGGCUAUGGCACGCCCAACUUCCAGAAGCUGAAGAGCCUGGUUCUGGGAUACUAA